AUGGCUGCAAUGCUAAAGGCCACAGAACGCCAUUUCUACUUCCACGGCAAAGAAGGCUAUGAAGUAGAGCGCAAUAAUUGUCACUGGUGUCAGAUUCGCGCUUUUUCGACUCACUCAACACUCCCAGUGACAGUUGUUAACGAACAAGACGAUGAGGUACUCCCUGGUGACUUUAGAUUCAUAAACAACGUCGUCCUUGGUAAAGGAGUUGAGCAAGCUGGCGAUAGCUUCCGCAGCGGCUGCUCCUGCGCCAAGGACUCAGAGUGCCAAUACACAAGUUGUCACUGUCUCGCCGACUUAGAAGACGACGAUUCUAGCGAUGAAGAGGAGUUCGAUGCUUUCGGUGACAAGAUGGAGAGAACCACACCAAAGCCUCGGCGGAUAGCAUAUGCUUACCACUCCCACGGUGCAAAGGCCGGUCUUUUGCGCUCCAAGUUCCAUAACUCAAAGAUGCCUAUCUACGAGUGUCACCAGAGCUGCUCCUGUAGUAUAGACUGCCCAAAUCGCGUCGUCGAGCGCGGCAGAACGAUUCCCUUGGAGAUAUUCCGCACCCCAGACCGCGGAUGGGGAGUGAGAUCUCCCGUGUCAAUUAAGAAAGGCCAGUUCGUCGACCGAUAUCUCGGUGAGAUCAUCACAUCCAACGAAGCCGAUCGACGGCGCUCACAGUCUGCUAUCUCUCAGCGUAAGGAUGUUUACCUCUUCGCUCUCGACAAAUUCACAGACCCCGAGUCAUUCGACCAUCGGCUAAAGGGCCCAUCUCUUGAAGUAGACGGCGAAUUCAUGUCUGGCCCGACGCGAUUCGUCAACCAUUCUUGCGACCCCAACAUGCGAAUCUUUGCGCGCGUGGGUGAUCAUGCUGACAAGCAUAUUCACGAUCUUGCCUUGUUCGCAAUCAAGGACAUACCUGAGGGUGAGGAGCUUACAUUUGAUUAUGUCGAUGGGGUUUCACACGAGGGAGAGGAAUCGGGUUGCGACAUCGAUCAUAUGACUCGUUGUCUAUGUGGAAGCAAGAAGUGCAGGAAGUUCUUGUGGUGA